GGUGGAAACGCGUCGCUUGAUGUUACAUUUCGGAAGAUGCCAGUUUUCCUUUAAGAGAUUAAGAGGACUACAGGCUCGCAAAGAUCAGCUAGAGAAAUCACAGGUGUGAGAAGCUACAUGUCUGUUACUGAACCGUGUUCGUAGUGUGUCGUGAGAUGACUGAAGUGAUGAUCAGCGCCGCACCGAUGGAUGACAUGAGGCGGAGUCCCAGCAAAGACCGUCUCACAUUCCAGAUCUUUCCAGACCCGUCAGACUUUGAUUGCUGCUGUAAAUUGAAAGAUCGUCUGCCGUCCAUUGUGGUGGAACCAACAGACGGUGAGGUGGAGAGCGGCGAGCUGCGCUGGCCUCCAGAUGAGUUCCUUGUAAGUGAAGAGGAAGAGGAAGAGCAAGACGGAAAGGUCCAGACUGGUCUCAAUGUUCGAGAGAAUUAAACUGAUUGUGUCACACACACCACACACACACACACACACACACACACACACACACACACACACACACACUGGUUCACAAAAGUAAUAGAUCGAUCACACAAACACUCACAUAAGUUUGCGAACUGACAAAAAUAUUAUUUACAAAAAAUAACUGGUUCAUUGACCACACGCUUGCGCGCACACAUGCUCACACGCUUGCACACUCCCACACACACGCGCUCUCUCGCACACAACGCUUGCGCGCACACACACACACGCUCUCUCUCGCACACACUCUCGCGCACUCACGCACACUCUCUCGCACACACACGCGCUCACGCACACACAUGCUCAUACACACACACACGCUCAUACACACAUGCUCAUAUACACACACGCGAACACACGCUCAUACACACACACAUACAUACACACACACACACACACACACACAUGCUCAUACACACACACACACACACACACACACACACACACACACAGUACUGUGUCUGUUUGUCCAGCCUCACAAAACACCCAAUGGGCAAAGAUAAUGUCAGGACACCCAAAACACGAAAUGCUCCCUCUGCCUGACUGUCUGCCUGUCUGUCUGUCUGUCUGUCUGCCUGUCUGCCUGUCUGUCUGCCUGUCUGUCUGCCUGUCUGUCUGACUGCCUGCUCAUAAAGAGGUUGUCAAGUCAGUUUAUUUCACAGUUUGUUUGGGAGAUUUCGUUGACUGUUGAAAUGCACAGAGGGUUUGAUGGAGUCGAUAGAAGGUCAUUUUCUUUCUUAACAGAAGAUGCAAAUGAUAUUUGUGUGCAAAAAAAAUCUAUUUCGCUGUAUAUAUUUUCUCUCACGCCGUUUUUUUUUAUAUGACAAACAAAUGAUCGUGUGCUUUGGUGGAGCGGAUUUAAUGAAGUCUUUACUGACCUUAAACAUCAUGAAUGAAACGAGUUGUCUUCCUGUCUCCCACUGUGUUCAGUAAAGCUGCAAACACACCAGAACAGACUAAUGGAACAGCUCCACGAGUUCCAGUCAUGUUGUAAAUGAUACUUAUACUGAAUGUGAUCUUGCGUCUCUAUCUGUGUAUGUAUUUGUGUGUAUAUAGAUAAAUAUGUGUGUGUGUCGUUCUGGGCACUUCCUGUCUGCAGCAUCUGUAUGUCCCUCUUCAUCUGUAAAGCUCAGGGAGAGUCUUGACUGUAUUAUUGUGUAUCUACAGCACUGUGUGUCUCUGUGCACGACAGAAUGUAAAUAAACCUUUUGAAAGUGAUUCAUCAGUGUUCGGAGUUUAUUCUGACUGUGUGUAUUAUAACAAAGUGUGUGUGUGUGUGUGUGUGUGUGUGUGUUAUAACAAUGUGUGUGUGUGUGUGUGUGUGUGUGUGUGUGUGUGUGUGUGUGUGUGUGUUUUAUAACAAUGUGUGUGUGUCUGUGUAUUUUAAAACAAAUUGUGU